CCCAGUGGCGGAAGGAGCAUGGCCUGGAGACAGCUGAAAAAGCGGGCCCAGGAUGCUGUGGUCAUCCUGGGGGGUGGAGGACUUCUCUUCGCCUCUUACCUGAUGGCCACGGGGGAUGAGCAUUUCUACGCUGAACACUUGAUGCCGGCUCUGCAGAGGCUGCUGGACCCUGAGUCAGCCCACAGGCUGGCUGUUCGCUUCACCUCCCUGGGGCUCCUUCCUCGUGCCUCGUUUGAAGACUCUGACAUGCUGGAAGUGAGAGUCCUGGGCCAUAAAUUCCGAAAUCCAGUAGGAAUUGCUGCAGGAUUUGACAAGCAUGGGGAAGCUGUGGAUGGACUUUACAAGAUGGGCUUUGGUUUUGUGGAGGUAGGCAGUGUUACCCCAAAACCUCAGGAAGGAAACCCCAGACCCAGAGUCUUCCGCCUCCCCCAGGACCAAGCCAUCAUUAACAGAUACGGAUUUAACAGUCACGGACUCUCAGUGGUGGAACACAGGUUACGGGCCAGACAGCAGAAGCAGGCCAGGCUCACAGAAGAUGGGCUGCCACUAGGAAUAAACCUGGGGAAGAAUAAGACCUCGGCGGACGCUGCCUUGGACUACGCAGAGGGGGUUCGGGUCUUGGGUCCCUUGGCUGACUACCUGGUGGUGAACGUGUCCAGUCCCAACACUGCUGGGCUGCGGAGCCUUCAGGGAAGGGCUGAGCUGCGCUGCCUGCUGACCAAGGUGCUGCAGGAGAGGGAUGCCUUGAAGGGAGCGCACAAGCCGGCCGUGCUGGUGAAGAUUGCGCCUGACCUUACAGCCCAGGACAAGGAGGACAUCGCCAGUGUGGUGAGAGAGUUGGGUGUUGAUGGAUUGAUUGUCACGAACACCACAGUGAGUCGCCCUGCCAGCCUCCAGGGUGCCCUGCGCUCUGAAACGGGAGGGCUGAGUGGGAAGCCCCUCCGGGAUUUAUCAACGCAAACCAUCCGGGAGAUGUACGCACUCACCCAAGGCAGAGUCCCCAUAAUUGGGGUUGGUGGUGUGAGCAGUGGGCAGGACGCGCUGGAGAAGAUCCGGGCAGGGGCCUCCCUGGUGCAGCUGUACACGGCCCUCACCUUCCAGGGGCCGCCCGUGGUGGGCAGAGUCAAGCGGGAGCUGGAGGCCCUUUUGAAGGAGCAGGGUUUUACCAGAAUCACGGAUGCCAUUGGAGCCGAUCAUUGGAGGUGAGGACGUUGAAGCCUGAUCUGGAAUCUUUCCACUGCAUCAGGUGAGCCUUUGUGGCUGGAUUGAGAAAGGAGAACCAUAUUCCCCCAAACCACAAGAGCUCUUCCUUCAGGCAGACUGUGGAAGCAAUCAUGAGGGUCACCAGAAUCAGCACAAAGCUUUCUGCACUCACCUGUCAGACCAGGAACUGCAUUUGUGAUUUUUUCUAGACUCAACUCCCAGAAUCCUUUAAUAUUGCAAGGACAUUAAAUAUUUGGGGGAAAAAUCAUGGAAAAAAUAAAGCUAUUUAACACUUGGAUUUAAAUCCCAGCCUUUUCUAGAGAGCCCUGGACUCCAGCCAGACGCUGCAGGUCUUUCCAGGUCUCUGCUGCCUGGGGUCUGCAGUGGGCUUCCCAGGAGCUUAACUCUCUUUCUUUCUAGCUUUAUUUUUAUUUAAGUUUUUAACUUUGUUUUGAAAAUAUUUCAAAUGUAGACAAAAGCUGUAGGAAUAGGGCUUGUGGAUGGCUGUCUUCUCCCUGUGUCUGUGUGUGUCUGGCUUCUGAUCGCUCCUUAGAAGGCCACUAGUCAUAUUGGAUUGGGGCCCAUCCCAGUGACCUCACUUUAACUUGAUUACCUCCGUAAAGACCCUCUCUCCAGAUAAAGUCACAUUUUGAGGUACUGGGGGUUGGGAUUUCACAUAAUUUUGGGGAGACACCAUUCAACCCAUCACAGGAAUUGUGCUUGCAGUCCCCUGUCUUUAAUAUCUGUGACUUGGGUGCCAUCGGGCAGACAGUUCUUCAGGUGCUUGAGACACUAGACAAGAAGCUAAGGAGGUGUAGUCAUUAACUAAAGAAAUAGAGAAACACUAAUCUUUUCAACACCGAAGAGCACAUGGUGCCGAGAAGCUGGAAAGCUGGGCAGUGCAGUCGUCUGGCACGCCUUCAUGGCCAACAGAACUUUACCUUUGUUCCCAUCACCAAAAUCUCAGUACAGAUGUUCUUGGAAAUUUGAUUUCUUGUAGCUCUGUGAAGAAGCACAUAGCUGCAACUGAGAUAACAUGUCCUAUUGCCUCAUUAUUUAAUCUGCAGCCUGUGCACUCUCUGCCUGCUCCCUCACUCUGCCAAGAAACCAAAGUCAGGCUCCCGCUGUCUUUUUCAAAGAUCUUUUUCCUAUUUUUUUAAUCUUAUGAAAAUACCUACUCACAAAUAAAUUUAAACAAUACAGCCCAUAAAUAAAAGUGUACCUCUUUCCCCAUCAAACAAUUCCACCUCCCAGAGGUAAUCACAGUCAACUUUUGUAUCUAUCUAGAUUUUUCCAGACAUUUUUCUUUGUAUAUACAAACACAUGUACCCAUAGCUAUCUUUUUUUUAUCUGUCUGCACAUGCAUAUAUAGAAAUGUUUCAAGAAGAAGGGGACAAAGAAGUAUUUACUAGUACCAAAUCACACGAGAGUAAAUUGCUGAUCCGAUGCCCCAUCAUCCAAUAUUUUAGUGUGGACUUCUUGCAAACAAGUACAUUCUGCUCCACAACCACAACAGAACCAUCAAAAUCAGGGUGUCAGCACUGAUAGUUACUUCUAUCUCAU